AUGGCAAACCAGAAUUAUGGUGGUGAGCAGCACAUGAUUGAUAUCGAAGAAAUACCACCAAUUCCCACUAAUCAAAAUUCUUCUACUUCAUCACAUGUCCACUCACUCGAUUCUGGUUUAUGCCUUUCAAUUCAGUUAAUUCUAACCGUGACCCAGAUGGUAGCUUCCCUUGUGGUUUUGUGGGUGUCCAUGGCCCAGGAACAUAGAUACCCCAAACUGUUUCCAUGGGUUAUGGGCUAUGCUUCUGGCUGUGCUUUAAUGCUUCCUCUUCUUUACUCCCGAUAUCACAUCGCAAGAACCUUGAAUUUGGGUUCUAGUGAAGAAGCUGAGAAGCUGUUUGGAGUGGUGCGAUUCUUCAAGAUGACCUUGAGCUGCUUCUUUCUAGUGUGGUUGGUUUUAGGCAUUGUAUGGAUUCCCGGAGCUCUAUUUUCUAUCCGUGAUGAUGCAACCUUAUUGGAAACGUUAUGCCUAGUGUUGUUCCUCUCUGGAUGUUUUGUGUAUGCGAUACCAGGCAUGAGAUUUGCAUCACUCUGUCUGUUUUUGCCUUGUUUGAUUUGCGCAACACUGGUCUCUCCACAUGAAAAACCUAGAGGAGCCACCCCAGAAUCCAUUAAUGAACUGCCUACCUACAAGUUUAAGUCAAAGGAAAAUGGAAGAGGUGAAGGUGGGGUCUGGGCUGCAGGAACCAUAAAGGAGCGCACCUUAUCUGAGGAAGAUGCAGUUUGUUGCAUUUGCUUGGGACAAUAUGCGGACAAUGAAGAGCUGCGGGAGCUGCCAUGCUGCAGCCAUUUUUUCCAUGCGGAGUGUGUGGAUCAAUGGCUGAAGAUCAAAGCAUGCUGUCCUCUCUGUCAAUCUGAGCUGGGCGGGGCCGGUGGGGCUGCAACAUGA